UAAUAAGAAGUAUACCCGUAUAACAAAACUAAAUACAGUAAUACAAAUAAUUUGUAAAACUUAAGGAGUACAUAGUACAAAACAUAUCAAAAAGUUAAUUAACUAAAAAAAAAAAAACAAUAAAAAGCAAAAAUAAAUAAUAAAUUGGAAAGUUAAAAUUGAACUCACAUUCCAUAUUCUCCUACGUAGUAAAUGCCUAUCCUUUAAAAAAAAUUGAACUUUAUUAUUUUUAUAUACAAAAACAGAAUAUUCUAGAAAAACAGGUGAUAACUCAGGAGAGAGAAAAAAAAAAUAAAGAGAAGGAAAGAAUUCCGCGUAGACAGAUGAGGUAAUUAGACUUCUUUGAUUGAGACAUCUACAAAUAUUUUCAUUCAUUUAACCCCAAAAAAAAUAAAAUUAAAAACAUUCAACAAUUUUUUAUAACACCUUUCUCUCCCCUCUUUCUCUUCUCUCUCAAAAAAUUCUUUGUGAUAUUCUCUCUUAUGAACAUGAAUCGCCCUCCUUACAAACCCGUACACAAUAUUAUCGUCUCAUCAAUCUCUUAAUUAAAUUCUUUCACACUUAUAUCACUUUUCCCACUUUAUUAACUUCGUGGUUCCAAUACGAUCCCUCAAUAAUUAUAUCUUUUCAUCCGAUAUAAAUAUAUCAUAAUCUAAACCAUCCCCUCUUUUAAUUUUUACAUCAAUUUUAUAUAAGUAGUAUAUAAUUUUUUUUUUUUUUCUUGUUUUAUGUUUUUGGUUUAUACUUCGUUAAUGGAAGGGCAUAUGCAUCAACAUCAUCAACACCUGUAUCAUCAUCAUCAGCAACAGCAGCAGCCGCCGCAACAGCAACAAAUGAGUGGUACGGUGGGGGUGGAUACAGGGGAUAGAUUCCCACAGUGGAGUGUUCAAGAGACAAAAGAGUUCUUAAUUAUUCGAGCAGAUUUAGACCGGAAUUUUAUGGAAACUAAAAGGAACAAGCUUCUUUGGGAAGUUAUCUCUACUAAAAUGAGAGAAAAAGGUUUCAAUCGUAGCGCUGAGCAGUGCAAGUGUAAAUGGAAAAACCUCGUCACCCGUUACAAGGGGUGUGAGACAAUGGAACCGGAUGUGAUGAGGCAACAAUUCCCAUUCUACAACGAGAUGCAAGCGAUUUUUACGGCGAGGAUGCAGAGGAUGCUGUGGGCGGAGGAAGAAGGCGGACCAGGCACAUCGUCUACGACGACAACGAAGAAGAACAAGCUAGCACAAGGCCAAGGCAUGACAUCGGAGGAGGAGGAGGAUGAGGAUACAGAUGGAGAAAAAGGCGGUGUUAAGAAGAAAGCAAGCAAGAAGGCGAAAACAAUGACUAGUAGUGGUGGUGGUAAUGUUAGUAGUAUAAUUACGAAUACUAAUAAUAGUAUUAACGCGGUGAAGGAGAUGUUGGAGGAUUUUAUGAAGCAGCAGUUGCAAAUGGAGGUGCAAUGGAGGGAGGCGUACGAGGCGAGGGAGGAGGAGAGGAGGAGGGCGGAGAUGGAGUGGAGGCAGAGAAUGGAGGCGUUGGAGAAUGAGAGGUUGGUGAUGGAGAGGAGGUGGAGAGAAAGAGAAGAGCAGAGGAAAAUGAGAGAGGAAGCUAGGGCUGAAAAGAGGGAUGCUCUUAUUACUACUCUUUUAAAUAAACUCCGAAGAGAAGAUUAAAUUAGCUGAUACGCUCAUGAACAACUCGUGAACAAGCUCGUGAAUUGUGAUUGAUCAUGUAAAUGUACUAAAAAAUUUACAUGGUUUUAUUCUUCUUCAAAUGUUGUAGCUUAGCUUAGCUAGAUCAUGCAAACAGGUUAGUUUUCUCAAUUUUCACAAGAAUUUUCUUUCUUUAUUUAGUUUUUCAUCAAGUCGUUUAUUUUACUUAGGUAGUUCUAAUGGGAGGAAAAUAGCUAAGUUGAGCUAGCUAGCUAAAUGUUUAAUUUUCAUAUUUAUUUAUAUAUUAUAUGAAUUUUCUUAAUUGCACUUCAAUUUAUUUGUC